AUGCCCUCGGAACCGAAUCCAGAAGUCAUUCAAACACAAAUGAUGGCAAGAAUGCUUCAAGAAAAGGCGAACAAUGACGGGAAAUUGAGAGCCCGACUCCGCGAGCGAAAAAUACCGAAAAAGAGCGCGCCUGAAGUGCCAAAAAUCGAUGAGGAAAUCGUCGAAUCGAUGCGACUGCUGAUUCCGGCGGUUUUGAGAGUAAGUGUGCUUUAUCGAACGCACAGUAAGCCAAUGUUCAGCUUUACACCUCCUCACCGUCUUGGCUCAUUCGUGACCGUGCUCUCGAAUGUCUCCGGCUGGCACAAGAGAAAUUGGGAAAAGAGUUUGUGAAAGAACACCUUGAAGCCAUUUCCGACGAGAAGAGAACUGUUUUGGAGCGUGCUCUCUUGUAA